CAAACCACCACCCAAUUGUACUCUAUACCUACUACUAGUAUACCACAUCCAUACCCAGCUAUCACUCAAUAGCAAUGGCACCUUCAGAGUAUUUCAUCAGACUACAGAAGGGUAUCGAAGGCGGCUUCGCACCCCCUACUCCAUCUGCAAUUCUAAAAUUGUUCAAAAGCGCUGGAGACUCUAAUAUCAUCAUCAACGAAUCCAUCCGUCCAGAUGGCGAACCGCACUUGGAUCCGAAACCUGAGAAAACCCUCGACUCGUCGGAUGAAGAGGUCCAGGAUCUUAUAGCUGAGCUUUAUGAGAUUCUGCAAAACUUGCCAUUGGAGAGUCCGCCGGGGUCGGAGGAUAUCUAUCGAAUGGAUACGUCUAUUUCGUGGAGUAGUGAUGAUUUUGAGUGGUGUAAUGGCGGUCCGCAGGGGUGUAUGCGAGAGGAGAGCGAUAUACAUCCUUCUGAGAUCGAGCGGAAUAAGUUCAUGAGGGCUGCUGAUAUUGUGAAGGAGUUGGUUGGGAUGGGGAAUCCCUGAAGGGGUGGUAAGGGAUGUUGUCCAUGAGGGCAUGGAUGGAUAUUCAGGACUCAUGGGAUGAUCGCUGGCUUGAUAGUAUCGUAGUUCCUUAGCUUGGGGUGAUUGUUAGAUAUUGCAGUGAUCUGACAUUAUAAUUAGCCUCUUGCUUACGGCCAGACCUCUUUGUAUGCCAUAUGAAUUGUAUUUUGGA